AUUCAACACCAGACUUUCCGGCGGUAUGGAUACGGCUGUAACUAAGAAGGUCAAAAGACUGCAUGCGAUAGAUGCUAUGGGCUUAAGGAACGAUGCGAGCGCAUGUCGCCUUCCGCAAGCUGUGCAAGAUGUGACAGAUUGGGGCUAGGGUGUUUAACUGUGCGACCGGUACGGCCGGCUGGCAGGAGAGUACAGCGUGCAGAUUCGGUGGGCAGAAUGGCGUUGGGUAACUCCAAAAAUUCGCAGUAGCAAUAUGAACCUAGCAUUCAAACGUAUUUGAACAUGGUUCCAAACUUGCAACCAGAAGAAAAGGACUUAUUAAUGUUUCUCCUAAGCCAGCAAGAAAACCUUAGUCAAUAUGUUGCGUUUCCAAGCUUUCAAGCUGAACAGCAGCAAUUAUUUUCUGCCCGGUUUUCAGCAGCCCUGCCAUCACUCAAAGAUGCUCUUCUCGCAUGUGCUAUAACUUUGAAGCAAUCCAGAACUGCAAUGGUCACGGAUACGACUUUUAGUGUGCAGUACAUAUUAAAGGCCAUGGAUGUAUUACGCUCUCUGCCUGUUUUAUCUUCACAGGAUGCAGUUCUAUGCAAUGCUUUGGGAGGUUUACUGGCUUUUUCUAUAUCUUCAGCCAUCGGUGUAGGAGUUCCAGAUAUUUGUCGUCACUGUCUCGGUACAACAACUUCAUUUGUGGAAACAGCAGUUUCUGAUGCAUCAAAUGAUCCGUGGAAGAGCUUUCUUGUCUUAUUGGAAACUCUGGAUUGUUUUGUUUAUCGACAAAAGCCGAUACUGAGAAUUCAGGUACUGUCCUCUGCUGUUGUUGAUUGUCGCCUUGGCCUCUGUUUGCCUCUGUUGCCUUAUUAUCAUGAUCUUUGUGUGAUCAGCAAUUCACUUAUCAAUAUUACGGACAUGGACGUUAUCGCUCGUUUACAAAAGCAGCUAGAUGAUACCCAUUGCAUCGUGGAGCCAUGGCAACCAUCUCAAUUGAAUCAGCUUGUUGAGCAGUUUGAUUCGACAGAAAUUGUCCACCUUCUUGCGCAAGCCAGGGUAUACCGCUUGGGGGCGCUCCUAUUGGGUCACCGGUUGCGGUUUCCAUUUGGCCAGGAGGACUCUCAGGCCGAAAUAUGGUCAAAAGAAAUUAUAAUGGAACUUGAACUUGCAAAAGGAGUCACGAAGAGAUCAAUGCGAUUUGUGACUUUACCAUUCAUUAUUGCAUCUGUUGAAGCUCGAGAUAAGAAUCUACGCUUUAGGAUUCUUGAGCUUGUGGAUGAUUGUGUCGACCAUUAUGCUCAGUUUUUACAAAAGGCAACCAAGAUAUUCUUGUCUAGGAUUUGGCAGGAGCGAGAUUUGAAUCUUACCACUCGCUGGUUUGAUUCUGUUCAUAAGCCAUGUCCGGUGUUGAAUUCUAUUAAUGCAACGUGUUUCAUUGGCUAGAUAUCUAAUGGAAUUUGUAUGAAGGAUAACUUUUACUAUGUCUUGUCACACGUAUCAGCUGGCAUAUGGGAAUAGCUUCAAAGGUCAUAAUUGGAUGAAGUAAUUAUUCUAAGAAUCAAAGGUCUUCAGGAAUG